AUGGCACCAGUUUUUUCUUCUCAUUCGUCAGAAAGCACAAGUCUUGCAUCACAUUUUUUGUCACUUAUAAGAGACAAUCGAUUCUCAGAUAUUCUGGAUACACAAAUUGUUGAGGAGGGAGGGGCCGAAGAUGCUGAGGUGGUUGCAAGACUCGCAGAAGCAUGCUUAAGUUUAAAAGGUGAAGAAAGGCCUACAAUGAGACAAGUGGAGACAACACUUGAAGAUGUGCUGAACUUAAAGGUCAAUCUCAGUUCUCAGAUCACAAGACUGAACCAGAAUUGUAUAAAUGAUCAGUCAUACAAGGGAAGCAAAGGUAGCGAAGGAACUAGGCUGUACAGCUUGGAAAAAGAGUUCAUGCAUUCAUUUGAAAUUCCAAGAUGA